UUUCACUUUCCGUCUCGUCUCGUCUCGUCUCGCCUGCAAAGCCUCUUGUUUGCUAUUUUUUUCUCGCUUUUGCCUUCCUGUUUCUGCUUUCAGUUGUCACGUCACAGACAAUCACAGUGUGGUUAUUUUUGGGGGCAGAGCCAGACCGAUAACCUAAAGCUUAAAGAGGCGGACAAACCGACAACUCGGGAACCUCAUUAGAAAAACCUACUUCACCUCCCUCACAAGCUCCCACCAGCCAAAGGCCAACCAGAGCCUUUCGUCUUGCCCUGUCGAUCCAUUACCGCUCCACUUGGGAUCCCGACAAGAAAGAUUCUAUUCUUUCUUUCUUUAUUAUAUCGCCCGCAAAUUCCGAGUUGGCCUCGACUCAAUUCGUUUUUUAAAUAGUCGCAUCUGUUUCGCCUUUGUCGACUCUAUCUAGUUUUCAGUCGACAUUGCGCAAAAUUGUACCUGGACGUCGCUACGUUCUUCUAUUGUCAGACCGCCAUACCUCAUGUUUCGACGAUACGCGCUCGGCUUUUCGAGCGUCCAGCGACAGCUCUCAACCAUGAGCAACUCCAACACUCCCGUUGAGGAUCUUAUUCGAGCCAAGAUCACCGCGGCCUUCAACCCCCAAACUCUCGAGAUCUACAAUGACUCUCAUCUUCACUCGCACCACAAGGCCAUGGAACACACUACCUCCAGCGAGACACACUUUCGCGUGGUCAUCACCUCCGACGCCUUCAACUCCAAGAUGCAGCCUGCCCGUCACCGCAUGGUCUACGCCCUUCUCCGCGAUGAGAUGGCCCAGGAGAACGGCAUCCACGCCCUCCAGCUGCGCACCAUGACUCCCGAGGAAGAAGCCCGCCAAAGGAAGAAGAAGGAAGACGAAGCCGCUGCCCGUGCCGCCCGAGCUGAAUCUGAGGAAGAGUGAAAACAACAUCACUCUCUCUUCACCAGUAGACAAAAAAAAAAACGGACACGAAAACAAAUCAAAAUCAUAAUGACCGCUAAUGACAGAAUGACGACUUCAAGGCUUACCAACUCCGAGAUUUCUUUUUUUUUACCCUUACUCUCAGCAAAACCAAAAACAUCACCAAUUUGGGAUCAGCAGAACAAAAAAAAGGAACAAAGGCGAAAAAGACCAACGUCGAAAAGGGAUGGGCAGCGAGAGCAGUUCGUGCCACGGAGUGAAGACACAACACAAAAUUGAUUGGGACCCAAAAACUUAACACAAGAUUGUAUGAUACCCCCCCUUCGUGGAAAUGAGACGACGACUGGCAGUGGGGGGCGAAGAUAAAAAUCUUGUUCUUGUUACACGGAAUGAUGGGAGAAAUGAAGUUGAGCAUCUUGACGAGGAAAGGCAACUGGACACCAAGGACUCUAUUUCUUUUCUAAUACUUCCAUCUUCUGCAUCAUCGCCAUGCUGCCAGUUCAUUAAUCAAGCCAGGUUCUCAGUCGAACCAGCUACUUGGCUUACCAUAGACAUGUUGCCCACGCACAAUAGACUGUUCUUUCCGCCACCGAAUCAAUCUCUUUUCAUGCAAUUGAGUCUAUGGACCUUUCAUGGCUUGUGAUACUUGAUGAUAUAAUAAUACUAUACAGUCAU